AUCCGUAACUGUCUUCACUGGUCGCAUUCAUCAUCAAGUAAGGUUUUGUUACGGUUUUCUUCCAUCGAAGGAGAGUCGGACCAAAAUGCAGCGUGGUCAUUUCCAUACAUGUUUAUUGAACGACAAAAACACGAACAAUACAAAAUCAACAAACGGAACGUGAAAACCUAUACAGCCUAUCUGGUGACAACUAACACAGAGACAGGAACAAUCACCCACAAAAUACUCAAAGAAUAUGGCUGCCUAAAUAUGGUUCCCAAUCAGAGACAACGAUAAUCACCUGACUCUGAUUGAGAACCGCCUCAGGCAGCCAUAGACUAUGCUCGACACCCCACAAAAACCCCAUGACAAAAACGUACCACAAUAACCCAUGUCACACCCUGGCCUGACCAAAUAAAUGAAGACAAACAUACAUACUUCGACCAGGGCGUGACAGGUUUACAUUACUUUUAUACACUGAGUGUACAGAACAUUAAUAACACCUGCUCUUUCCAUGACAUAGACUGGCUCCUGACUAAAGAGAGAGACCAGCUACAGACCAGUUAUAACAACCUGACUAAAGAGAGAGACCAGCUACAGACCAGUUAUAACAACCUGACUAUAGAGAGAGACAGCUUACAGACCAGUUAUAACAACCUGAUGAAGGAGAGAGACCAGCUACAGACCACUAAUAACAACCUGACUAAAGAGAGAGACCAGCUACAGACGAGUUAUAACAACCUGACUAAAGAGAGAGACCAGCUACAGACGAGUUAUAACAACCUGAUUGAAGUGGGAGACCAGCUACAGAUAUGUAAUAAUAACCUAACUAAAGAGAGAGACCAGCUACAGACGAGUUAUAACAACCUGACUAAAGAGAGAGACCAGCUACAGACGAGUUAUAACAACCUGAUUGAAGUGGGAGACCAGCUACAGAUAUGUAAUAAUAACCUAACUAAAGAGAGAGACCAGCUACAGACCAGUUAUAACAACCUGACUAAAGAGAGAGACCAGCUACAGACCAGUUGUAACAACCUGAUUAAAGUGAGAGACCAGCUACAGACCAGUUAUAACAACCUGACUAAAGCGAGAGACCAGCUACAGACCAGUUAUAACAACCUGACUAAAGAGAGAGACCAGCUACAGACCAGUUGUAACAACCUGAUUAAAGUGAGAGACCAGCUACAGACCAGUUAUAACAACCUGACUAAAGAGAGAGACCAGCUACAGACCAGUUAUAACAACCUGACUAUAGAGAGAGACAGCUUACAGACCAGUUAUAACAACCUGAUGAAGGAGAGAGACCAGCUACAGACCACUAAUAACAACCUGACUAAAGAGAGAGACCAGCUACAGACGAGUUAUAACAACCUGACUAAAGAGAGAGACCAGCUACAGACGAGUUAUAACAACCUGAUUGAAGUGGGAGACCAGCUACAGAUAUGUAAUAAUAACCUAACUAAAGAGAGAGACCAGCUACAGACGAGUUAUAACAACCUGACUAAAGAGAGAGACCAGCUACAGACGAGUUAUAACAACCUGAUUGAAGUGGGAGACCAGCUACAGAUAUGUAAUAAUAACCUAACUAAAGAGAGAGACCAGCUACAGACCAGUUAUAACAACCUGACUAAAGAGAGAGACCAGCUACAGACCAGUUGUAACAACCUGAUUAAAGUGAGAGACCAGCUACAGACCAGUUAUAACAACCUGACUAAAGCGAGAGACCAGCUACAGACCAGUCAUAACAACCUGACUAAAGAGAGAGACCAGCUACAGACCAGUUGUAACAACCUGAUUAAAGUGAGAGACCAGCUACAGACCAGUUAUAACAACCUGACUAAAGCGAGAGACCAGCUACAGACCAGUUAUAACAACCUGAUUAAAGAGAGAGACCAGCUACAGACCAGUUGUAACAACCUGAUUAAAGAGAGAGACCAGCAUCAGAGGGAGACAGAAAAGCUGAAGAUCAAAGGAAACACUUCAAUUUACUGAACAAUUGGAAAUUACUGUCUAUAUUACAUAAUACAAUAACAACUAUAUUACUUUGAGAGAGUUAGAUCACUUAUUUCAUCCACUAGACUUAGAUUACUGCAUUUUUACUCAAAAUGGCUAAUAUUUGGGGAGAGAAAUAUGAUGGUGCAUGCUGGAAGACGUUUAGAAGUUUGUUAGUGUUGAAGAAUUGAUGCCGGUGUAGUAAAGGGAGGGACUGGUUUAUAAAUAGUUGAUAGUAGUCUUCAAUGGGAGACUAGGUAGUAGUAGUAAGCAGCCCAGAAGUACUAGUAGCAGUACAUUGCAGAAGUAAUAGUGAAUGUUUUAGAUAGGUAGGCCAUGGGUUAGCUAUAGUAAGCAUGGUUGCUAUUAUAGUUUGGUUAGUGAAUGGGGUUUUGUUAUAGUGGGCUAGUUUAGUGGGUAUGGGUUAGUUGUGCGACAUAAUCAGUUUUAUAUGCUCCCCCAGUGCUAUAACUUGAUUGGUUGAACAUAUUUCUGUUCUGAUUUCAGAUUUCAUAUGCUCUAAGUUUUUGUCCAAGCUGUUGGGAAAAUGGUCAAAAUGUUGAAUAUUUGUAAAACUUAAGAGAAAGUAGAUGUUGUGGUUACUAAAACAGCAGUAUCUCAAGAUACAGGUACUCUAGCGUUAGCUACUCUACCUGCAGUCUUCCAGUCACUGCACUAACGCUAGUUAGCAUUGGCUCGCAAAACUAACUCUAACUUCCUUCACACAGGACGCAGAGUCAUGAAACUGUUUUCCAUGAGUUCAUCUGACUCUGUGGAAGUAAAUAAAGGACGUAGCACUCUAAAACAUAAUGAUUCAGAAAUGUUUCAAGUGAAACUUUUGCGAUAUCAAGCCACAAUAAUUUGCAUAACAUUUUAAGGACACAAUGUCAACUAUACACGGUGGGAGACAUUUUAAAUGCUACUGCAAUUUAACCAUUCCAGCUACAAAAAUAAAAUCAACUUUAACAUUUUACAAAUAUUUAUAAAUUAUAACUAUUUAAAGUUGCUUAAAUUAGCAUAAAAUCACCCCCAACAGUAUUAGUAUCUUUUGAACCUUUAAAGAUACAGACACCACAUCAAUUAUCACUUGUUCAGGCUAUAAAUAAAUCAAUCACUCAAUUAAUCAAACUACUUUUUCAAUUAUAACCAGUCAUUACCAUUACUACUGCAGUCACUAUCAUUACUAUAACGUAUUUAACAAACACAAAUACAAGCUAGCAAGCAUGCGCAUUUUAAUUUGGAAAUGUACAUUUUCUAGUUUCUCUGUUCUCAGUUCAUCCUCAGGUAUCCUCCUCUCCUUCCUUGUCAGCUGGUGAUUUAUUCAGAGGUCCCUAAUUCAACAGGGCCCUAAUCUUCAAAAAGUCCUGUCAACCGCAGGCUAUGCUUACAACAAUCAAACAGGUACUUUCUCUAUUCAAACAUUCUUCGCUAUGACC